AUGGAGGGCGAGAAGGACGGCAGCCGGGCCGCCGGCUCCCCCACCACGCGCAGAUCCCCCGCCACCCCAACGCCCCCCCGCGGCACAAAUCCGCCGCCCUCAACUUCCGUCGCCGCCGCCGCCGCCGUCGAUUCCCUGCGGAGACGCCACGUGCAGGCAGAAAUGCGGCUGCGCGAGUUGGAGGAUCGCUUUCGACGAGACUGUUCACGUCAAGAACAGGAGUUGGAGCUCCUACGUCUGGAUAACACAAAGUAUAAGGCGAAGAUUGAAGAACUGCGUAUGGCACAGGCCGAUGCACAACCAAGGACUAGUCUCACCAGCACAGACUCCAAAUUGUUACGGGCAUCCUCACGCAAAUACCGCUCUGCACGUGCCUGUGUAGAGAGAGCUCGUGAGGAAUUAAUGGAAAUAAACGCUAAACUGGUUUCAGCACGACAAAGACUGCAUGAACUGCGUCGUCGUCGCAGUACUUCACACAAACUUUCCGUUACAAGUGCCGCACGAUCACGACAAAGUCGUACCGAUAUUGAAAUCCGCGCUCACGCCUCACGAUUGCAACUCCGUGGACUUGAAGCACAUGUGGAGACAGAAACAGAUCGUCUUUCAAAGCUAAUGGAUGCGGUAAAAACUCUGCGUGAAGAUAUUGAUGUCCAGUUCACCGCCCAAAAUCGCAGUGAUGAUUUAUACAGUGAACGUGAACGAGAGUUGCUAGAUGUAAUGCGAGAGACCUCUUUUCUUGUGGAGGUGUGUAAUGUACUCUUUGAAGAACGUGAUGAUUGCCAAUUACAGCUUGCAGAGAUGCAGCGUACUGCAGCGGCUGAACAUGAAGCCUAUGAACAUGCCUUUGUAGAACUUGUGGCUGUAGAGGAUCGUGAUCGUACGACCAAGACACGUCUUCGUGAGAAUCUCGUGCGAUUGCAGGAUGAUGUUGCGGAGGCCGUUCGUGAAAGAGAAGCGGCGGAACUUGUGGUGCGAGAAGAGCGGGCGGCACUACAACGUGGAACUGUCGCGACACGGGGAACAUCUUCCACCGCAUCCAAUGGAGGAAUGGGUUUGGAGGGAAGUAAUGAGCGGGAAGAUGUAGAUGAUGAUGGAAAUGGAAGUGAAGGUAUUCAACGGCAAUUAGAGGAAUUUGAACGGUAUCUCACUCGACUUGCACAACUUGCUGGAUCUGAUGAUUUAGAUGAUGUGCAGCGAUUUGUGUGUGGUGGUAGUGAUGAACGGUUUCAAUUAUACACAGCACUUAAUCAUAUUCGAGAUGAUAUCAGCAAACUUGAACAAGAACGUGAUGCGCUUUUGCGGGAAACUGCUGCUAAUGAAAUGGGAAUAGAAAAGGGAGAGGGAGGAGAAAAAGGAGAAGAAGGUGCCGUACAAGAGCGUCGAAUGCGUAAAGAAGUGGAAGAGCUUCAAGAGAAUUUACGAGAGAUACAACGCGUCACACUGGAUCAUGUUCAACAUGCAGAGUGUGCAAAGACAUAUCUGGACUCCACACUACCUGUGAUAGAUUCAAUCUUUACAGCACUGGACUGUGAUGAUACUCGCAUUGUGGCUGAACACGGCUCUCGUUUCUUAUCACGAGAAACGUUAGAACUCUUUCUAGCAUCUAUUGAACAACGAUUGGAGGAGUACAUGGCGGUUUGGGUACAAAGCAGACCACAAAAACAACAAGAGCAACAACAACAACGACAACGUUUGUUACUCGCAAAUCCUAAAUCGACUACUACUACUACAGCAGCAGGGAAAGCUACUAUAUCACCACGGUUACUUCCCUCAACAGGUGAUCAGCAAGAGGAAGACGCAAUUUUACGUGAUCGAAGCAUUGCAGAGGAACCUAUCCCUACUGAAGUUAUUCGCGCAGCAGUAACUAAAGAAUAUCAACGGAAUUCUAGUGGAGCUCUUGUGCAGAAGAAGUGA